AUGUCAGAGAAUCGGUCUGCGCCCUCUGCUGGAUCCAAGCGCGCUUCAGAUGAUGGACAAGAGUCGACAGCAAAGCGUGUCCGCUCUACGUAUGGCCAAAGGCCAAAGAAAGCGGCGUCCACGGCAGACAAACCAGCUACAACUCCUCGACGAUCAGUGCGUACCCUUGGGGCGAUGAAACUGGGCAACUUGUCUCCGACAUCCGAGCUCGUCGACUUCCGCACUCCUGUUUGGCGCAAGAUCCGGGACCAUAUCGACACGCCGGCGAAGAAUAUCGAUAUCGAAUACGGUUUACUGGACUCUCUUCCAUCUGAACUGGUCGAUGAGUUGAAUUCUAUCCGACGACAUGUUCCAAGCGAUCUAUACCGCAUCUACGAAGCAAUAUUUCAUUGGCUGAAUCGAUUAUUACACUCAACGGCCCUCCAAGUAAAGCAUGCUCGUGGCAAAUCACUACUUGCUAUGUGUUUACGCAAAGUCCCAGCAUGCAUUGCAGACAUAGACGCAUGGGACCGGCAACAAUUGAAAGAGAGCGGAGUUGAAUCAGUAUGGGACAUGUCUGAUGCAGCUUCGGAUAUAUUUGAUCAGUUGGAAGCAUUGGGAUCAAGUAGUUGUGGAUGGCGUCCCUUACGGCUUGUAGUUCGUUCCCAGGCUGUAUAUCUCCUAUCCAAUGCCAUCUUGGAGGGACUCCUUCGACCGGAAUUCUGCAAUAUCCUCGUACGACUCUGCAUUCAUCUUAACGGGAAUCAAGAGGCUGCUCAGCUGGUAGCCUCCAUAAAUAGGCGUCAAAUUUCCAAGCUUCGAGCUGGGACCAUUAAUCUCAACGAGAUCAAGGAUUUUUCAUCGCUCUGGGCAUUGUUGGGUCCGUAUAAAGGAAAGAAAAUACCCGGUCCCAUUUUUGAGUGUGUCUCUACCUUGAUCAACAAAGGGUUGCUCUCGUCAUCUUGGCUUUCUACACGACCCUUUUCUAGUUUCUGGAUUUCUAGCCUCGAAGGCCUAACUUCUGGAAAUGCGAAACCACAUAUUGUGGAAUUCAUGUGUAUAGCUAUAUGGUCUCUCGCCCGAGGCCGUCGCCCGAAAGAAACUGACUGCUAUGCCAUCGAACAAGCCCUCAUCCGCGUUGCGGCUGGUUUGACGGUCGCAGCAUUAACCUUGGAGGCGCAAAUUAUACCUGGAGAGCAGGAGCAAAGAAGAGCAGCGUGGAGACGGCUAGUCUAUGUGCUUGAAUGCAGCAUCUCACUUAUUGCGCGGUAUAGGAGCCGCAAGAGCCCUCCAGACAAUGCCUCUUUUCUGCUCAUUUUUGCACGCCACCUUGCAGUGGUAAACUCAGACUUGGCAAGCCCGACUUAUAAAAGACGAGUUGCCGAGGAGUUUGAAAACAUGGCUCACAAAAUCGACGCCAAUACGAACAAUGGUACACAAUACCAGCAUACAGUUGUUCUUCUAUGCACCGUCAUCCAAUGCCGCCGGCGCAGCAGCGCGGCUUCAAGUCAGGAAAUCCUCUCCGAUGUCUUUUCUAGCUUGAGCCGCCGAAAACUGCCCGACUGGUUGGGCCACGGACUCCAGAAGGACGUUGCAUUUAUGCUGGCGCAGAAAACUGAGGAUCUUCGCGAUCUAACCUUUGCCGAGAGCCUGCCUGCUACCGCAUCUACCAAUGCAAAGUUCAGCACCAUCUUCUCGGGAUGGCGAUGGGAAGAGGGGAUUAGUGAAUGGGUGCUGCCCAGCCCCAAGCGGACCAUUGACCGAGAUGAUGAUGAAUCAGUUAAAUUGGCAAAGCAGAAUGAUGGUGAAACCGAGAUUUGCUGGGACUCGGAUGAGGAAUUGAGCUUGGGAACUUCUCAGAGGAGAGACUCGCGGCGAAUCAUUACGUGUCGUAGAAAGCGGGAAGUAGGAACAAUUGCUGUGAAGAAGAAGAAGAAGCAAAUGAGAAUCUCAGGCCUCCAAGCCGUGACAAUUAGCAAUUCUAAUGACAAGAGCUGCGAGACCACAGUCGGUCGUAUGGAGCUGGCAAAGAGCUCAGACGUAGAGUCUCUACUCGCGACAUCGACUGGCCAAAAUGCCUUGGACUAUGCCAUACAAGCGGCCGAGCUGUACAUGCGAGCAGCCGCAGAGAAGGGAAUCGGUAAAGAGGAAGCAUCUCGACGCCGCCGCAAAUGCAAACAGCUCAUCGCACUCGCCGAACGGCUCAAGAGCCAGCUGACAACGCCGUCGGCAUCACCACAUGCGGAUGGCUUCAAUAUCUUGCAGGGCGCUUCACGGCUUCACGGAAGCUACUAUCCCCCCUGGGGUGAAGAUCCUUCAGACGCACAAUUCCAGCUUGGAGAUGACCCGAAGCCAUUUGUUGAUGACACCGUAUUCCCGCUUUCCGAAACCCAAAUAGCCAACUUCUCGGCUUGGCGAAGACCGCACGAACUAUUCGGCCCCUUCUCUGCCGGCCAAGAUGGCAUUCUUAUGACCCAAGGCACGCGCUUCGACUUGGCGCAAGAUAUAACUACUGACUGCUCGGUCGUCGCUAGUCUUUCUGCCGCCGCGAGGAUCUGGACUGGAAAACACGCAGUUCUCUCCAAGAUUAUGCACCCAUUCGACCACGAAAGAGGCCAGCCCAAACUCUCUCCUUCGGGAAAGUACAUAUUUCGGCUGAAUUUCAACGGCUGUGCUCGACGAGUCGUCAUAGAUGACAGGUUGCCGUCUUCGGGCACAGAUCGAGCCCUCUUUGUCAUCAAUCGACAUAAUCCUCGGUUGAUAUGGCCAGCUUUGCUCGAGAAAGCCUACCUCAAAGUACGGGGUGGCUAUGAUUUUCCCGGCAGCAAUUCAGGGACUGAUCUUUGGGUCCUCACGGGGUGGAUACCCGAGCAAUUAUUCCUCCAAAGGGAGGACUUUGACAUAGACGAGGCAUGGAAUCGGGUCAAGACGGCUUACGACAUGGGCGACGUUGUCAUUACGCUGGGUACAGGCCACGUCUCUACAGAAGAGGAAGAUAUAAUGGGCCUCGUUGGGGAGCAUGAUUAUGCUGUGCAGGAUCUCGAUUCAUCAAACCGCAAAUUCCUAGUGAAGAAUCCUUGGUCACACGGUCAGACGUGGACAGGAAAAGGGUGGUCCGCCAUCCACGGCUCCGUAGGGACCAAGUUUGACUCUUCAUCGUCUGAGGCGAGCGAUGAGGAUGCUGAUUCGCCCUCUGCGGGCACCAUCUGGCUGGCUAUUGAGGACAUAGCGCAGCAUUUCGAUUCCAUGUAUCUCAACUGGAACCCAGCCUUGUUUUCCCAUCGCCAAGAGCGCCAUUUUGCUUGGGACAUCCCUACCAAAGACUUUGCGGCGUCGUUGGUGCGAAACCCGCAGUUCUCCAUCAUCUCGCCUACAGGGGGGACGGUAUGGAUCUUAUUGAGCCGCCAUUUUGCAGAUCCUGAGCUCGAAAUUGCGCGCAACAAGUCUGGCUCUCUAGCUGCCGUGGCUAGUCAGCUGGGCUACAUGAGCAUUCUAGUGUUUGAUCAUCAAGGCAAAAGAGUCCAGCUCAGCGACGGAGCGACAUACUGUGGGCCUUAUGUUGACUCUCCCCAGACGCUGGCGCGGAUUGAGAGCAGGGCCAACAAGGCAUACACUGUCGUCAUUGACCAGCAGGCACUGCCUUUGCCCAGCUACACUUUCUCGUUUUUCAUCUUCUCAAAUGGGCCAGUACACGUCAAAGAGGCUGAAGAGAAGAUGACGCACUUUACAGAACAAAGCGGUUGCUGGAAUAGACGGACGGCUGGGGGGAAUUCAUCAUGCACGACUUAUUUUCUGAAUCCUCAGUACAAGCUGUCGGUUCCUCGCGCCACCCCCAUAUCCACCCUGUUAUCUACAGGUAACCGAGAUGUUCACGUCCAUGUUGAUUUGCUCUGGGCGCGAGGAAAGCGUGCAAAUACCGUCAAAACGAAGGACCUAGUUGUUUCAUCGGGAGAGUAUCGUCGAGGCUGUGCCAUCGCUGAACUGGAUAUGCUUGAAGCCGGAGAUUACACUCUGGUUUGCUCAACCUUUGAAGCGCAGCAGACGGCCGACUUUACACUACGGAUCGGAUCCAUAACGCCAAUUACUCUAGAACCUAUCCCGGCUAAUACAGCAGGAAAACUACGAACACCUAUAUCACCAUUCACUUUGGGAGGAGAAGGACAACGCUGGAGGGUCCCCAUCAGCGCUUCAUGGGUAACUCGGGCUGUUGUAUCUAUUCGAAGUCUGCCUCCUCUGUCGGAGGCUCCGUAUCACGACACACGCUCCUUGCCAGCUGUCAUGAUCCGUAUCUCGGUUGUCGAUGCCUCAGAGUCGGAGCCACGGAUCCUAGCGGAGUCCAGGGGAGGGUUGGAAGACUCUGGGGCCAUCAUUCAGACUCCCGAAUUCGACAUUGAGCCGACGAAUCCAAGUCACGGACCGAGAUAUCUCGUCAUCGAGAGUCUAUGGGGACACCGAGCGAUCCAGGAGCUUUGCGGGGACGUCUUUAGCGACUCUCCCAUCCAAAUUGGCGACUGGGGAGUCUAA